GAAUCGAGGGCGGCCAUGGACUCGCCGGUGGAGUUCCUGCUCCGGUGCCCCACGCCGAGGCGGAGGAGGCUGCCGCUGGCCGGCGCCUUCUUCGCGCCCACCGCCCUCGUCGGCGCCUCGCUGCUCCGCGCGCUCGCCUCGCUCGCCGCCGGGCUGCUCGCCACGCCGCGCCCGCCGUCGCAGCCGCGGAACUUCGCCGCGCUCGCGCGCCGCCUCGCGCUGCUCAGCGCACUCCUCGACUCGCUCCUCCUCGACGCGCCGGACCGCUUCUCCGACGCCGCCAACCUCUGCUUCCGCGAGCUCUACGUCGUGCUCUUCCGCGCCGACCUGCUCGUCUCCUACGUCGCCUCAGCCGGCCGCGCGUGGGCGCUGCUCCGGGGCGCCCACCUCGCCGCCUCCUUCCGCGACCUCGACGCCGAGCUCGCUGUCGUCCUCGACGUCAUCCCCGCCGCCUCCAUCCGCCUCUCGCACGACGCGGCCGGCCACCUCGACCUCCUCCGCUCCCAGUGCCGCCGCCGAUCGCCCGCACAGUACCACGACCCGGAUGAGGCUGCGCUACGCGACCGCCUCCUCGCCGCCGUCCAACAGUUCGAGCUCGGCCAGCCGCCUCCGCUCAAGUCGCUCCUCUCCGACGUUGGCAUCUCUGACGCUGCGUCUUGCCAAGCUGAAAUCGACUACCUUGAGGAACAAAUCUUGAGUCAAGAAGAGGAUACCGACCUCCUGCUCGUCGGUGGUGUUCUCGCCUUGCUCCGCUACAGCCUCUUCUCGCAGUUCGACCCUGGCAACGCAAAGGCGGCCCGGUAUUGGCCGUCGGCGGGAAACUUGCAGCGGCUUCCAUCGUGGGGCGGCGGCGGCUGCGACGACACCUCCUUCUCGGUGCCCAAGGAGUUCUCCUGCCCGAUUUCUUUGGAUUUGAUGCGCGACCCUGUGGUGGCGUCCACCGGCCAGACGUAUGACCGGCCAUCAAUCAUACAGUGGAUCGGGGAGGGCCAUUCCACCUGCCCAAAUUCAGGGCAGGCACUGGCAGACAACCGCCUUGUGCCGAAUCGUGCACUCCGCAGUUUGAUAUCACAGUGGUGUGGGAUGUAUUGUUUCCAGUAUGAUUCCCCAGAGAGCAACGAGGGGAUGGCCGAAUGCGUCGCCACCGCGUGCAGCAGCAAGGCGGCAAUCGAGGCAAAUAAAGCCACAGCCAGGAUUCUGGUCAGGAUGCUGGUGGAGAGUUCAGAUAGCUCAAAGGCAGUCGCUGCCAAGGAAAUUAGGUUGCUGGCCAAGGCUGGGAAGCGGAACAGAGCGUUCAUCGCCGAGCUCGGUGCAAUCCCGUUGCUCUGCAGGCUGCUCCUGUCAUCAGAUCAGAUUGCGCAAGAGAACGCAGUGACGGCGCUGCUCAAUCUCUCCAUUUACGAGCCGAACAAAACGCGGAUUAUGGAACAGGAGGGUUGCUUGUGGCUUAUCGUCAGCGUGUUGCAGAAUGGCUGGACUACAGAGGCCAGAGAGAAUGCAGCAGCAACUCUGUUUAGUCUCUCCGUGGUCCAUGAUUACAAGAAGAUGAUCAUGAAUGAGCCAGGGGCUCUGGAGAAGCUGGCUUGUAUGCUGAAAAAAGGGACGCCAAGGGGGAGGAAAGAUGCAGUGAUGGCACUUUUCAACCUCUCAACUCAUGCAGAAAGCUCAGCUCGGAUGCUUGAGUCAAGUGCAGUUGUAGCUUUAAUCGAGUCACUGAGGAACGACACCGUGUCGGAGGAAGCUGCUGGUGCUCUGGCUCUGCUCAUGAAGCAGCCUUCUGUUGUGCAUCUUGUUGGGAGCUCUGAAACUGUGAUCAGUAGCCUCGUUGGAUUAAUGAGACGGGGAACUCCAAAGGGCAAGGAGAAUGCAGUGUCCGCUCUAUACGAGAUAUGUCGCCGUGGUGGCUCAGCAUUGGUUCGGAGAGUAGCAAAGAUUCCGGGGUUGAAUACAGUAAUACAGAACAUCAUGCUCACUGGUACAAAGCGCGCCAAGAAGAAAGCAAGCUUGAUCGUCAAGAUGUGCCAAAGAAGCCAAAUGCCGUCAGCAAUGUCGCUAGGCACUAGCUUGAGGGUGAUUGAUCAUUCUUUGGUAGGUAACAGCUCAUUGAGGCGUGCUGCGAGCUUUGGCAGUGGAGAGUUGUCGAAUCCCGUUUCGAUAUCAGUGCACGUGCCCUAGGUAAUCGCCUUCCAAUUGGGCAGCCCCAUAUAUGUCUGGCCAGUUUUGUCCAAAAGUUCUUUCAUUGCAUGCUCAAAAUGAAGGUAUACAACAUUUAAAUCUAAAGGAACUAAUACUUGCAAUAUACUAUCACAUGUGCCUGUGUCUGUGUGUGGGAAAUGUGGAUAACUGAAGUAUAUAGUCAAUGUACAUGUAGAACUUCAGCUUGGUGUUUCGUAUGAAGCUUGGAAGGUGUUCUGUUUUUGUUCCAUUUUUCAAAAGACUAUGCUACUUGUUGUAAACUAGCCGGAUAAUAAUUUGUGCUUGUAUUGAGGCAACAAUGGAAGGGAUUGUAAUGUACUCCCUGCGUAAAGAAAUAUAAGAGCGUUUAGAUCACUACUUUAGUGAUCUAAACACUCUUAUAUUUGUUUACAGAGCGAGUACUACGUAAGUUGUAGUAGUUACAGAGACUUGCACAUUGGCAAGGAAAAAUAACUUGAAUGUCAA